AUGGGUUGGGAUGAGCACCACACCUCCGGGGCGAACCACCUGCUGACCACCUACGGCCACAUCCAGAGCGAGAGCGUGCGCCGGGCCACCGAGCAGCAGCAGCACUGCCGACCCGAAGGACGUGGCGCCUUUGAGAAGCCCGUCGAGAGCCAGGAGCCCAUCGAGGAGCCCGUCGUUUUCUCCGUCAUUUUCGCCGCGGUCGGUGCCGAAGAGAUGAGCGGAGGAGGCGAAGACGCCACGACGGAGCCUGCCGAGGUGAUCCACCAACCUGCCCCCGACGAGGCCAUGGAGGCUGAAGGGGAGUUUGCGGUGCGUAUGGUGGAGACCGUGGACGCAUCGUGGCACGAGGCCUGGAAAACAACCGCCUACGGAGAACCUGAGGACUUUGAGGGCGAAGAGCCGCCCGACCUCAGCCCCGAGGACCUGGCAGAGCUGGACGACCAGGCAGAGAUCGAGGAGCUCACCCGCCUCGAGGGCAUGAACGUGCUCAUGGAGCCGAACCCCCACAAGCAGGCCGAGCAUCUCAGCACAGUCUUUGUGAAGAUGUGGAAGAAGGGGCCAGACGGAUGGUUCAGAAGGGCCCGGCUGGUGGCCAGGCAAUACCGCUGGGCCUCGGAUAUGCUCGAGGAGGACACCUUCAGCCCAGCGAGUGUGAGCACCUUGGCGCGUUUGGUGCCGCUUCUGGCCCAGAAGUGGGGCACCCCGAUCUACAUCAUGGACGUUAAGGACGCCUACCUGUGUGUUCCCCAGCCGGAGGACGAGCCCGUGGUUGUGACGGCCCCGCGGUCCUACGUGAACAAGUUCGGUGCGAGCAAGACCUGGAAGCUUGGGCGAGUACUGCCGGGACAGCGGCGAGGCGCCCAAGAGUGGUAUCACCAGCUGGCCGGCGACCUCAACAACGCCAGCCUGGAAUCUAUGCCAGAGGUGCCAACUCUUUACAGAGCCAAUGGCAAGGAGGAGCGCUACGUGGCACAGGUGCACGUGGAUGAUAUUAUGGCCACCGGGGAUGCUGAGCCCCACGGCCAGGUGGAGAAGAACCUCACCGACCGGUACACCGUGAAGAUUGCCGGCCCCUACCAGCAGCCCGGGGACGAGUUCGAGUUCCUCAAGCGACGGUACCAGAUCCAGAGCGAUGGUUCCAUCACUGUUCGGGCCCCGGUGCGGCUGUACAACGACCUCUUCGAGCUGGCCGGCCGACCCAAGGUGAAAGCAACCCCCGGACCAAGCGGUCAAGACGAUAUGUUCGCCACCGACGCCACUGAGGAGCUGAACCCCAGCGAGGCCACAGCCUACAGGACUAUGUUGGGAAAGGUGCUCUAUAUGAGCAACGAGCGGCCGGACGCCCAAGCAGUGAUCCAGAACCUUUCCUCCCGGGCGGCCAAGCCAACAGCCAAGGCGAUGAAGUUGAUGAAGCACCUGGUCGGUUACCUUUGGGGAACCCAGGGCUAUGGUGUUAACUUGUGCCUGGCCCCCGGCAAGUCUGUGAUGAACUUCGCACGUGGCAAGCUGACCCCCGACGAGCCCAUCACCGAGCACCUCGUGGAAGGAUAUUCCGACUCCAAUUUCGCCAACGACCGCACCACCCGCAAGAGCUUGAGCAGCGGACAGAUCUACAUCGACCAGGCGCUCAUGUAUAGCUUUGUGCGGGGCCAGAAAGUGGUUACCUUGAGCUCGGGCGAGGCGGAACUUGUCGCCUUGACCCAGGCCACGAGUGAGGCGAUAUUGGUGCACAAGGCCUGGGUGUGGACUACACAAGAGGAGGCCAAGCUGGUGACGAGGAGCGACUCGUCGGUGGCAAGAGCCAUCGCAAGCCGACUUGGAGUCGGCCGGGUGAGGCAUUUGCAAACAAGCUGCCUCUGGAUACAGCAGUGGGUGGCAGCCAAAACGCUACGUGUGGCGGCGGUGCCGACCCAGUUCAACCCGAGUGACAUGGGCACGAAAAGCCUGCAGCAGCGGAGGCUGAGGAUGUUGUGCUUCCUGGCCGGCAUGGUGGACGACCAUGGAACCAACAUUGGCCAAGAGGAGCAUGCUGAAGCCCUUGGCCGAGAUGUUUUGGGGCGUUCUGGCGGCGACCUUAUGGUGAGAAUGGUGCAAGCCUUGAUGGUGAUGACCAUGCAGGGCUGCAGUGGGCCGGACAGCGGCCAGGCGGGAAUCUACCUGGAGGCGGUGCUUUUCUACUUCCUGGAGGUGUUCUACAACAACCCGGUCUUCUUCCUUGCGGCCCUCCUCACCUACGUUCUGGUGACCAGUCGGUGGACGCUAAGUUUCAGCGUCUCGAGCCGAGGCCCAGCCGGCUCGGACGCAGCCACCCAGACGGAGAACAAGCGCGCCGACAAGGAGACGGAGACCGAGCCGACCACAGAGCGCAAGCCCAAGGGAACGAAGCCCAACAAGCAGCCCGAGCACGAAGGAGCCAACACCUUUGGGGAGCCAACCCGUGAGCCGGAGACCUUGGAGGAGGCCAAGCGCCGACUGCACGAGACCCUCACUUACGAGGACUUGUUCGAGCCGAAGCCGGGGCUUGAGCCGGCUACGACAGCUACUUCGGCGGCAGCGGCGGCCAGUGCUUCUUCCUCAACAGCCUGUUUCUCCCAAGGAAGAACUGAGGCCAGGGUUGCGCUUUCUGUACAGAGACGCGGCUUCUUAGAGUGUGCAAGGCAGUGCCUCAGCAAGGCUGAGCUUGAAAGUGAAUGUUGGGUGACGGAGUUUGGGUAUGCCUACCACCGCCGGAGCUGUGGAAACCUACGGCAUGCCAAGAAUGUGAAAAGGACCACGGCGGAUGAGGCCAUCGGAGCAGGCAAAGCCGCAUGCAACCAGUGCUUUGCAGACCACUGGACUCCGACCGUGAAGUACAGGUUCCCGGGUUUGAGUUUGUGA